AUGGUAGUACCGCCUAAAAUUAAAGAAGGUGAAGAAUUAGAAGACGAAGACGAGGAGGAAGAGGUGAAGGAGAAAGAAAAGGAAGGCUACGAAGAUUUGUUUUUCUUCUCUUCCUCUAGCACCACUGCCACUACCAGUUUUCCAACUGAAAGGCUCCAGGCGCAAACUGGAAAGCCUGCAGAACAGGAGUACACGCAGCAAAUAGCUCGAAUCUCCUCACCUGUACUGAAUGAUUGCGGAUUUGGAAGGGAUGAAGUCUUUAGUGGUACAUUUGUGGCACUGAAAGCGGAUCCGAUCUUAAAGAACAACAAUUUUGGUCUUCAUUUCCGAAUGCUAAACUUUGGCGUGAAGGAAGAAGAGCACAUGCCGGUGAUGAGAGUAUCUGUAACCACUCCUAACAGAAGAGUUGAAAUUGAUGCCCACCUUUGGCAACUACUUCAAUCCCCAUGUCUGGCUCUGUUGUUGGGAAUCUUCCAGGGUUGGAGAGGCAAAGACAGUGGAAGACAUGUGAAGGGUGAAACAGGCAUAGAAUGUGUAGUUCCAGUUUUGCGCAUUGUGUUUGAUAAAAAAUUAUGUGCUUUAACUAGAUUCCAUGUUGUAUUCAAUCAAGGCCAUCAAAGCUCACGCGGCCUGUCGGAAAAAUUUUACAUGAAAUCUUUUCCUAUGUCCUCGCAUUUAGCACGUAUAGAUGCAUACUAUAAAAUGACAUUGAAAGUCAAUGCAGAAUGGAAAUUUAUGCCUGAGAUAAUUUUAGGUUAUUACAUUACUGAUUGUAACUACCCGGGUAUGACAAAGCUACCAGUUUAA